AUGGCUCAGUCACUGAUUCUGAGCAUCCUUGUCCUAAUCCUGGCCUUCUGCAUCCCCCAGACCCAAGGCAGUGAUGGAGGAGCACAGGACUGUUGCCUCAAGUACAGCCUAAGGAAGAUUCCCACCCACGUUGUCCGCAGCUACCGGAAGCAGGAACCAAGCCUGGGUUGCCCCAUCCCAGCUAUCCUGUUCUCGCCUCGGAAACGCUCUCAGCCAGAGCUAUGUGCAGACCCUAAAAAGGCCUGGGUGCAGCAGCUGAUGAAGCGUCUGGACAAGCCACCAGCCCCAUGGAAACCAGCCCAGGACUGUAAGAAGGACAAGGGGGCCCCCAAGUCUGGCAAGAAGGGAAAAGGUUCCAAAGGCUGUAAGAGGACUGAGUCCCCAAAAGGGCCAUAG